UGUGACACCCCACUGCUGCCCCUGUGGUCAGUGUCCAGCUGGACAGGGAGAGAAGAGGAUAGUUUGGGAAUACAGAGCUGGCCAGGAGCCUCUACACACAAGCUCCAGAGUUUCCCUGCUUCUUCAGCAGCCCCGUGGUGCUGAGGAUUUUCCCAAACGAUUCUUAUUUCCCUUUUCUCCGCUACCAGCCUUUUCUAUCAAAUCAUGGAGAAGAGAGCCCCGAGGCAGCCCAGGGUGGCCUGGGAGGAGGACGGGGCUCCCCAGGAAAGCAGCUCCCCAGUGGAGCCCUACGAGGUGACAAUGGUGCAGCCCCUGCAGACGGGUGCUGCUGGGUUAGCUGUGUGUGAGGAGGAGCAGGAAGCCAUGGCAUUCAUCCAGGCCUUUGUCAGGCUCUCUUGCCCGAUGCAGGAUGACAAGCUGCAGUUCCUGGAGAGCAUCCGCAGCCUGUGCAGCAGUGCCACGAACCGUGGCUCGUUAGCAGGCCUGGAGUGCUUCUGCCGCAGACAUGGGCUGGCAGAGAAGAUCGAGGCGCUGCUGAGCGAGGAGCCCCAGAAGCAGAUGCGCACAGAGCUGCAGCUGCUUGCCAUGCUGGCCAUCACCCAACUGAGGUACCUGCUUGUGCCUCUGAGGGACGCUCUGUGUCCACCUGCACAAGGCCCUGAGAUGCUGCUGCCAUCAGCAGUAUCCAACUGGAACCUCUCUCUCUGCAGCUCUGUGCUGCCCGAGCUGCUGGACAACACACAGCUGAUCAGCUCCUCCUUUCAGAGUGUUCUUCUUCUUCCUCCAGAAGAGGAAAUGACGGGCCUGGAGGCUUCCCUCUACACUCAGACCGUGGAUGCCAUGGACAUCCUGCUGAAGGCUGUGGUGCUCAAAUCUGGCGAGGUGCUGCAGGACGUCUUGGAGGUGCUGCUCACCUUCACCAGCUCUGAGAGAGCCGUUGUGCGGGAGAGGGCCUUGCAGAGGAUUUGCAGCCUGAGCCAUUGGCUGGCCAGCUGUUCCACUCUGGAGACUGGUCAAAAUGAGGAAAGAGAUGAUGCCUGUGGACAGAUCCAGAUCCCAGUCCUUGGGAAGGUGUUUGGAUGUCUCAUCCUCAUGGCAUUUGAGGAAGAAAAGACCAACCAUGUGGCUCUGGAUGCUCUCUACGCCCUCCUCAAUUUCAUCUCUCAGCAGCAACGUGUGACACUGCCAGAGGACAAUGCACAGCUCCAAGCACACUGGGAAGAUGGGAUCAGCUCCUCACUUCAUUCUCCCAAUGCCAAGGACUUCAUCGAGGCUGUUGGAAAAUACCUGGGACCUUCUGAGAGGACACACAUCAUCCUCUCAACCAUUACGAUGUUCCGCUACUCAUCUCCCUGCAAUCAUCAGGUGGCUCUCAGCAUGCUGGAGGUGAUUGGGAGAGAGCCUGACUGGUGGCUGACGGAUGUGCCAAAAAUCGUGAGCCACAUCUACCACACUGGGGUGGUCACAGACAUCCAAGUCCAGCACAGCCUGCACUGCCUGCUUCUCUUGGUGGCUGACAGGAGUCCUGGGCAGGUGGUCACAACACUGCUGCAGAUCGCCCCACGAGGAGAUAGGAAUGCCCUCAGUUUGUGGGAGGUGAUGUUCUCGGUGCCCCAGACGGUAGAGAAGGUCUUGAAGGAGCUUCGUGUCCAACUCCAGGACCUGAAGAAUGGCAUUUUCCGGACAUUGGCUGAAAACGACUGCCUCUCUUACUUGGCUCUGCUGGCCUCCGAAGAUGUGCAAGAGGAGGAAUUCGCUCCAUUGUACAAAACCUGCAGGUUUCUGCUGUAUUCAGCCAACAGCACAGACAGAGAGAUAACCUCCCUGCUGCUCAGGGCCCUCAUCACACUGUCCAACAGAGAGGACAGGGCGAGAAAAAUGAAGGUGCUGCUGCCAGACCUGAUGAACCUGUUGCGGCAGAACUGCACGUCUCUGGUGAUGAUGGCCCUGAUGGUCCUCCAGAACAUGAUGAAGUGCUUGAAGAGGACCGAGGCCAGUUCCAUUGCUGCGGAUGUGGCGAGGAUACUCUGGUACCACUUUGAUGAGGAGGAAAGCUGGGUGCGGGAGAGCUGCAUCAGCUCCUUCAGAGACCUGGUGAGGACAGUGGUGGGGAAGGAGAAGAAGUGGAUGAAGAACUUCGUGCACACUGUCCUGGCCCCGCUCAUCCUUCACAUGAACGACGAGGCCCCCAAAGUGGGCCAGGUACUGAUGUCAAGGAUGAGCAGUGACACAGAGAGGGGUGGCUGA